CGCGUCGACGAAAAAGCAUAAAAGCAUAAAUGUAUUUACGGUUAACAAACAGAAAGAACGACUGCCGCAGCAUAAAGUCCAGCGCUCUGAAGGCUCAACAAUUAGUGCUGUCCAUAAUAACAAUAACAUACUUUUUGCUUGUGCUUCGGGGGCCAGCUGAAGAGCUAGCUGGGCGAGGACGAUGAAAUCUCUGGUGCAGGACAUACAAAACAGAUAUUCAUUUCUGGAUAAUCUAUUCCGGCAUGUCUGGACAUCAAUUAUACAAUCGAAUAUCAAACUUAAGCACCAACUGCGCAACAUUCAAUGGAAGAAUGCGAAAGCCAAACCUGGCUGUGCCUAUCAACCCACAGAGAUCGAGCAGGUGGCCAAUGUGAUAACCCAUGGCAUUUGGAUAGUGCCAGCCGUGUUUGCGGUCAUUAAGCUAUUUGAACGCUCUAAUAGCGCUAGCCAGUAUCUAGUUUCAUGGGUCUAUGGCACUGCACUCUGUAUGCUCUUCACCGUCUCCACAUUCUUUCACUGCUCCUGCUACUGUGCCGAGCACAAGCCGCCCAAGAACUACAAGUCUUGGCCCGCAUUUGGUUGGCACACUUAUCAGGGUCUAAAGAACGUUUUGCAUCGCUGCGAUCGUGCCAUGAUUUAUGUCUUCAUUGCCGGCUCAUACUUUCCCUGGCUAACGCUGGAGAAUACAAAUCAUUCGACCAUACUCUUUUGCAUGGAAUGGAUCAUUUGGCUAAUGGCUGCCUUUGGUAUUGCCUAUCAGCAGCUUUACCAUGAACGCUACAAAUGCCUGGAGACGUUCUUUUAUAUAGUUAUGGGUCUGGGACCGGCGCUGGUGGUAAUGUUAACCGGACACGUUUUCAAUGGCAUGAUCCAGCUGAAAUACGGCGGAGCCUUCUACAUAUUGGGCAUUGUGUUCUUUAAAUCCGACGGCCUAAUUCCAAUGGCCCAUGCCAUUUGGCAUCUGUUUGUGGUACUCGCCGCCGGCUGUCAUUACUAUGCAAUUUUAGUCAAUCUAUAUCCAAAUGACGCCAACUAAUAUUGCCAAGUAGCCUGUAGUCGUCAUGUGGCCAAUGGACCCCUUCUUCCUUCCUUCCUACCUUCCAACGACAACAACACCAACAGUUUUGUGUACUUAACUGAGCCUGGAGACCAUAAAAAAUUAACGUAUGACCUCCCACCAUCCAAGCCCACAAAAUGAUUUAACACGAGAAUACUUAUUACUAUUUUAAUUUGUAAUUCGUUUCAAGUCAGCCAGUCAAAAUGUAUUCCUUCCGUACCACCCAUGAUAGGUUCUACUACUCCCAGAUUAGCCAAAUUUUGUAAAACAAAAAAGUAGAGUAUUUAAUUUAUCGAAUUUAUUUGUAUAUGUAUAUGUUGCUUGAGUUCUUCAUACGGAUUUAUCUACCAUAGUUGUAAUCAUAUAAAUGUAGUUAAUUAGAUCAAUUUGUUAGUUCAAGAUAAGAGAAACUAACGGUAACGGUAGCGCUAAUUGUUUAUUGACAUAAUCGAUAAAGAAAACAUUUCUUGUGAUCAAUAUCUGCGGUCUUGCCAAAGAUUAAAAAAAAACAAAAAAAAAAAACGAAUUCUCUCAGUUCAUAUACUUAUGUUUGUAUAUGGUAUCCAUGCUGGUCCUUGUUUUAUGUAGACCAAACAACCAAAAUAUAUAUAUACCUAGUACUACUAUAGAUUUCUUAAUAAUGAUAGGUUUAUAAUACGAUACGAUAUACAUACUAACAUGCUCACAUUUGGCAAUGUGUUUUUUUUUUAAGGAAUUUAGAGAAUUGUACAUACGAAAAGAAAAUAUAAUAACAUGACGAUGAAAUUCGACGCCUUUCAAAACACUAGAAGCCCGCCUAAAAACAUUGUAUACACAUUAGUAGAUAUAGAUAUGUAUAUAAAUAAAUUUAUAUAUAACAUAUAAACAUAUAGGAUUAGUUUAAUAAUAGAAACCGAUCACGAACCAAUAAUUGAUGCAAGCUGUUGGUCUGUUGUUCAGUGUAUUAUUCACUAAUUGUGCAAUUGCUCAGGGAUUAAUUAUGUCAGCCCAGCCAAUGACGAUGAUUAUGAUGAUAAGGAUGAUGAUGAUUGUGAGUGAUAUACGAAAAAUCAACAAGCAUUGGUUCGUGAGUAAUAAAACUCUUCAUUUGUAUACAAAAUUGUUUUACGCCUGCUUUGGAAAUCUCGAUAUGGUUUGAUUAUUAUUAUAUUUACAAUAAAUGUGUGCCGAGCAGAAUUUAUAUAAUCUAAGAAUAUGAAAUGAUAAUUAUACAUUACAUCAAAUCAUAUAUACUAUUGUCUCUAGAUAUAAAACUCUUUGUGCUGACUGACAAAUUCCCAAUGCAAGAGGGAAAUCAGUUGAAAACUGUUGUAUGUCAAAUUAUUGUUUUUCAUUUGAUUUGCUUCAAACUUAUUUUCAAAGAUCUUUGCCUGAAAUAAAUCGACACAUGUCUAUCGAAAAAUGAA